UGAUGUGUACUGAGUGCCACUACUAAUAAAUAUUUCGAAAAAAAAACAUAAAACUUCGGAUUUUAAACUUAUUACGUGUUUGAUUAGUGCCAAAAUCAAUCAUUAAUUGACUCUCGGUCCUUUUUAAUUAAACUUAACGUCGCGAUGCAUCAAAAUAGACGUCGAAAAAAGCGGCCAAACUAUGGCCUGAGGACAGUGGAAGUGAUGAGGGGCCCAAAUGGAUUCGGUUUUACGAUUUCAGGUCAGCAACCGUGUAUUUUGUCUUGUAUCGUCGGAAAAUCGCCCGCGGACCAGGCGGGCCUUCGCGCCGGUGAUUUCCUCAUUUCAGUGAAUGGAAUUCCAGUGUCCAAAAUGGCUCAUGAUGCAGUUGCUAGCCUCAUUAGCAACUGUGUGGGCCCCAUUAAGAUCACCAUCGCGGAAAAUUAUUAUUCGGAUAGUAGCGAUGAUGAAUUAGAUGGUGGUAGAUUUGUUGGGAGGAAACCCAAGUAUAUGCACAAGCCUAGACAGUAUAGAAGACCACAUAAAGGUAUUACUGUUGAGCCGAAUGAUAAAACUGUCUCAAAAGUAAGGGAUCAUAUUAUAAAGCCCAGUACAAGUGCUAAUUUAUAUGAGGAACAAGAUCCUAGCCCAAAUGUAUCUUUAAAUGUAUCCAAUUCUCUGCCAAUGGAUGAUGAAGGAGGUCCUAUAGAAUAUAAGGCCUUAAUAGGUUAUUUAGGAACAAUAGAAAUGCCUAAGCAACUAUUGCCCAACUCUCGUUUACAAACUGUUUGCAACUGUAUUAAGAGACUGAGACAAGAAAAACGAACUCCCACAACUGUAUUAAUGACCAUUUUACCUACAUGCCUAACCUUAAAGAAUUCUGGUAACCAUAUAAUUGCUAUUUACCCUACUAAUCGUGUUGUUUAUGCUGGCUCACCCACUGAUAAAGAAUCCAGGUAUUUUGGCAUUGUAACAAGCGCAAUGUCAGAAAAUAAGCCUGUUAACAAAAACUGCAAGACUGAUGUAGAUAUUUCUAACAGCUGUCAUGUUUUUGUAGUAGACUCCAAAAUAGUAGAUCAUCAAAUCCAUAUAAAUAGAGCUGAGAAUUUCCGAAUAGUGUGCACUCCAGAUCCAACUACAGCAGCUUGCUUAGAGUUUCCCAGGAGUGCAUUGUAUGUAGUAAAUUUAAUUCAAACAAUUUAUAAGUUGCCUAAUGAGGGUGCUCAGUUAAAUGAGCAAAAUAACCCAAUAAUGGCAAACUCACCACAACCAAGUGCCUCAAGUAAUUCUGACUCUGGAAUAGGGUAUAGGGAUGAUUGUGGAAAUGUAAGUGAUAGAAUUUUGGUAGUAGAAUUCCCUACUUAUCGCCCACAGAUUAUCAAUAACAAUAAAAAACCACAUGUGAACAAUAGGCCACAGGGCAUCAAUGGCAAUGACUUUCCAGAGAAUUUAUUUGACCUGAAACAUUCUGGUAUACAAUUAAAUAAUAAAAGCCCUUAUAAAAAUAGCAAACCUGAAACAAUUGCAGAGGCUAAACAUUUCAACAAUUUGAACAAUAUCAGGGUAUUUGAUAAUAUUAGGAACCAUUUUGAAUGCAACUCUGGGCUGUUACAAAAGCAUAAUAAUGAUGAGCAUGUAAGGUUGAAUGGUAGGAUUGUUUUAGAUGGUAAUGAGCAUUCUCCGAAGUCUUGUCAUGCUGUGAGGUAUGGUGAUGUAGACUCUGGCCUGACCUAUAUAGAAUGCCCUGUCGAUGUACCAUUAACCGACCUUUCUGUUAAAGAAUGCAUGGAUAAGGACAUUCCUGAUUUUAAGAGUUCCACAGAUGAAGUGUCAGUGCAAAGUUCAAAAAGUGUGGACAUAGGAAAUUUGAUACAAAUUUUCAGAGUGCCUUUUGAGUCUCGGAAGGCUAAAAAGCAGCUUAAACUAAUGCAUAGCUGCGAGAAUAUUGAUUUUGAGGACAAAUUGAGUCCCAAUAAAGUGUAUGAAGUGGCAAAGACAAAUUAUAGUUGUGAAGAAUUGAAUAAGCCAGAGUUAUAUGAAGGGAAAUUCUGUUAUGGUAGCCUUCAGAACCUCACCAGCUGGGUAGAAAAUGACAAGCCAAGGAGGUCAAUUGUUGUGCAAAGUGAACCAGAUGUAAGAAUCAACAGGAACAUGUUGUGUGACCGGACCGGUGGCGGGGUCGGUUGCAAAAGGAAUGAGGGCGAAUCCCCCACGACCUGGGCGGCCUCCUUCGAGAAGCUGCUGGAGGAUCCUGUAGGACUACACGCUUUUGCGGAAUUUCUCAAAAAAGAGUUCAGCGCCGAGAACAUCUACUUCUGGGCGGCCUGCGAGCGGUACCGGCGCCUUCCCACCCACUCGGAACGCGUACUCGAGGCCCAGCGGAUUUUCCACCAACACGUGGAGAGUGGCGCCGUAGAGGCGGUAAACGUGGACGCCCACGCCCUUCAGACUGCCGAGCAGGGUCUUCCCGAGGCGGGAUCGGGAAUAUUUGACAUUGCUCAGUCGCAAAUAUUCAAUUUGAUGAAGUUCGACAGCUAUCCGAGGUUCUUGAAAUCGCAACUGUAUAAGCAGUGCCUCGGCGGGGAGAUGCCUAUGAUUAGCUUUGAUUCUAGACUAUCGCUUCACAACCACCCACAACUACCACUUAGUACUCCGUCGAAACUCAAAAAAUCUCUCAGCAAUGCAGAAGACAGACGCAGAAAAUCGCUGCUGCCAUGGCACAGAAAGAACGCAGCGAACCAAAGAUCGAAGUCAAAAGACCGCAACGAGUUGGGCGUGGCAACGCAGAAGAGCUGGGACGGCGUUCUUACCGUUUCCGGCGAGGAGGGAAGGCGACUUCUGAGCGUAAGCGAUGUGAGGGACGUGCACUCGAGCCAUUCUUCGCUUACCUCGCUGGAUCUCGCUGCUAGUCAGGACGUUCGAACUGAAAACUCAGAAUCGAGAACGUCAUUAUGCAGGGUACUGUUAAGUAACGGCAGUACCACUGUGGUGCAAAUAAAAGAAGACGAGACCAUCCAAGAGUUGAUUGCGCGACUGUUAGAAAAAAGAGGAUUGACUUACUCCUCUUAUGAAGUGUUUACCAACAAACAUCCAAAAGCCCUAAACAUCACAGAUCCAUCCACCACAUUGGCAGGCUGUGAAGUUACCAUAGAGCAAAGAGUGGUAUUCAAACUCGACUUACCAAACCGGAAAAUCAUUUCGGUUAAGUCAAAGUACACGAAGAACAUCGUAGAUGUCUUAAAACCGAUAUUACAUAAGUACAAAUUUAAUUUAGAAGAGGUGGUAGUCACCAGGUUUGGAGAAUCUGUGGAUAUAAGUUUAUCAGUGACUACAAUCGACAAUGCUCGGUUGAAUAUUCAGUUAAAAGAUACAGUGAUGUGCACAGAUCAAACCGUCCCAGUGCUAAAUGUGAAUAAUGUUAAGAUUGAUAAACUAGAAGAAAUUACCAAUAAAGUAUAUGAAGGUAUUUUGCAAGAAAAGUCAAAAAAUGAAGCUUUACAACCAAUGUGUAGGUCGGAUAAAGGAUCCGUAAAGAGCGAAGAUUGGGGCUCCGAACAUUCUUCGCUGUUGGGCAAGUUUUUACGGAAAGAUUCUGGAUUACAUGGGGAGAAGAAAAAAAAAGUGUCAUGCCAAAGGCCGAAAUUGCCCAGUGAAAGUUGGAGCGGUGGAGACAACAUUCGCGAUAAGAAACCUUUAAUUGCUAAACUAAAAGCCGGAGCGAACAAGUUGCAUGUUGGGGCGUGUAGUGAGAGCGAUGAAUUGGUCGAAGGCCUAACACGAGCGCAACGCCGUCUAGAGGAUCAACGAGGGACCGAAAUAAACUUCGAGCUUCCCGACUUCCUUAAAGAUAAAGAAGAGCGAUUAUUGCAUCAAUCCCAGUACCCUUCCGACACGCCUGAACAGGACUCGCACCCCAAAAUGGCCUUAACAAAGACUCUCGUCAUUCACCCAAAUUAUGAAAAUCAGCACGUUACCCCAGUACCUAAUAAAGCAGACUCUCCAGUGAAAUUAAAGGCGUCCAGUCCGGAAAAAUCAGUAUUAAGUCUUAGUCCGAAAUCGGAGCCGCCACCCUUACCGCCCAAACCAAAAAUCGUGCCGAUAAAACCAGCGAAUUGGGGCCAGGCGGGCUUUUAUAAAGCGAACCAGGCAGCAGAGAAGAGAGCGGAUUUGUUUCUCGAGCAGCCGUCUAGCAGCUUUGUGUAAUAUUAGUAUUAGAGGAAAUUUAGAGUAUUGUGAUCAAGUGUGUGUUAAAGUUAAACAUAUUUUAUAUAAUAUAAUUUAUUUAUAUGACGGAAUUCAUAACUAACAAAAGUAUUAUUAAAUUAAUAAAGUUUGUUUUUUUU